AUGUUCCGGACACAUCCCCUCGAUCUACACGAGAUUCGCUCAAUCAUUGCCAGCAAGCUUGGCCACAAAGACCUCGCGAACUGUGCGCGCGUGUCUAAGGAUUGGAACGACUCUUUUACACCUCCACUCUACAACACUGUCGUGUUGUCAAAACAUGGCCUUAGCAUGGAGUCUGUCGAGAAAAAUAAGCACCUUAUACGACGUCUGGGAAUUCAAAGCUCUGUCUAUAAAAAGCUAUCGUCGACACCUGCACGAGACAAAGUAGUUUUUACUGUCAUGGCUAACUCGACUUUAACCACUUUGGACUUGAGGAAUAACUCGAUCGGAGACAACGGAGCUCAGGCGCUGUCUGAGGCACUCAAGACCAACUCGACUCUGACCACUUUGAACGUUGCUGACAACUCGAUCGGACCCAACGGAGCUCAGGCGCUGGCUGAGGCACUCAAGACCAACUCGACUCUGACCACUUUGAACGUUGCUGACAACUCGAUCGGACCCAACGGAGCUCAGGCGCUGGCUGAGGCACUCAAGACCAACUCGACUCUGACCACUUUGGACUUGGGAAAAAGCUCGAUCGAAGACAGCGGAGCUCAGGCACUGUCUGAGGCACUCAAAACCAACUCGACUCUGACCACUUUGACCUUGUUGGACAACUCGAUCGGAGACAACGGAGCUCAGGCGCUGUCUGAGGCACUCAAGAUCAACUCGACUCUGACCACUUUGGACUUGCGGGCCUUUUGCAAUUUGGAAGACGGGGGCAACUCGAUCGGAGACUAUGGAGCUCAGGCGCUAUUUGAAGCACUCAAGACCAACUCGACUCUGACCACUUUAGACCUGGGGGGCAACUCGAUCGGAGAUAAUGGAGCCACCGUCUGA